CUAGUAAGAUUCAUAGCUGUGGUUCCUCACUUCAUAAUUGGAAGAAGUGGGGUUGCAUUAUUUACAGCUUGCACAUGGUUUUUGAGAUUUUUCCACUUUUUGGCAGAGAACUUGACAUGAAUUGGGAGACAUUUCUUAUUGAACAACCAUCUGUAACCCUCUUCUCUCAAUCCGUGGAAGUCAUCUUGAAUGACCAUGGUCCUACAAUUCUGUCCUUUUUACAUGACCAUAACCUUACUUUUUGCAUUUUAGAAUCUCCCCCUGCACCAUGACUAGUGUAGAUAUAUGUUUUAAGCAGUACUAAUAUCUUUUUCCUUCCCCCCCCCCCUCCCUCCUCCUCCUCCUCCUCCUCCUCCUCCUGCCUAAUUUGUUUUUGGUGGUUGAGGAGUUGUUGAGGGUUUGGGAUGCUGAGGCAUGUCCAAUUUCUUCUUUAGGCCCCAGCCUUUUGGUGGCUGUUGGACAUGUAAAUUUUGAAAAGGUUGGUUAUGCUAAAUACAUCUCGAAUAUUCCAACUGCUGCUCAUACCAUUUCCUAACAUUUCCAGCAAGAAAACCAAUGACCUGAGCUGUAUGGUCUGCACAAAACGCAAGAACUUGAAGCAGUUAUACUUUAAUGUUCCUGAGUUUUAUUUAUCUUAGAAGGAUGGUUUUGGUUUCAAGGAACUAGCUCCGCAGUUUCCUUUGUUGAAGAUGUUGCCCUAGAGUCUAUCGAAGACCUUGACUUACACGAGGGGAUUAUUUGGGUUCAUUUUUUAGGACUUUUAGGACCAAAACUAUACUAGCCUGUUCAUUGUUACACUAAUUCUGAACUUUCCCCUUUUAUUUUGAUUAUUUACACGAAUAUGAACCCAAAAAGAGUCUAUCUUUAAGGAGUUAAUGAUUUUGUCUUUUUGUUUUUCUCUCCCCUCUUAUCUCAACGGUUAUGGAAUGUUGUACCAGGUGGAUAAGUUUGCCAAGAACUUGAUUGUGAGGCUAAUGGAGGAUCCAUAUGAAAAGAACUUGACUGAGAGGGAAAGUUAGUCUGGGAUCUCUCUUUGCGGAGAAUUUCUUGGAAGUUAGCUGGAUUGGAGGGAGACGCUUCUUAUUCUGCCUUUUUUGUAACGUGUAAAUCUUCUUGUUGACUGGAGUCAAGUAGCUUACAAGUGAAGAGAGACUCAAGGGAGCUAAUCUUUCUAGUUAAAGAAGCUGUCGAUUAUUUCGAACUUGGGGGGGUUGAAAAGUCAUUGAGCACCACAAAUCUUGUUGAUGGAAUCAUCGUCAUUGACGGGAUCAUCGAAGAGGGCCAAAGCACCUGGGAAUGUGACCCAAAUGGCUCACUGCUUGGUUGAUGGAUGUAAUGCUGACCUUAGCCAAUGUCGAGAUUAUCAUCGCCGCCAUAAAGUCUGUGAGCAUCACUCUAAGGCCUCAAAAGUCACAAUUGGGGGUCGUGAGCUACGGUUUUGUCAACAAUGCAGCAGGUUUCAUUCUUUAGGGGAGUUUGAUGAAGGAAAAAGGAGCUGCAGAAAACGUCUUGAUGGCCAUAAUAGGAGGCGAAGGAAGCCUCAGGCAGAACUUUCCAGAAACUCUGGAAUGCUUUUUCCAAGUCAACAAGGUAGUAGUAGGCUUCUGUCAUUUGGUACACCUCAAAUAUUUCCAAGUGCUGUGGUGAGUUCCAGCUGGAGUGGUGUUGUCAAACCUGAGAACGAUGUGGUGCUGUACUGCCAAUCAAACACAAAUUACAUAGACAGGCAAAACGCGUUCCCAGAGUCGGUUCAUGACUACAAAGGAGUGAACCAGUUUCAAUUCAUUCAAAGCACGCCCCGCACUCUUCCUGAAACUUCCAUCUGCCAACCGCUUCUUGAUCCUGAUUCUGCAUCAGGACAUAAUAAUAGCAGCCAAAAGAUCUUUUCCGAUGGUUUGAAUCAAGUUAUCAAUUCUGAUCGUGCUCUCUCUCUUCUGUCAUCUGCACCCGCCGUAACUAGGGAGAUUGGUUUUAGCCACAUGGUGCAGCCUGACUCCAUUUCCCAGGCACAGUCCUUAGUACACAAUUUGCAGUACGGCAGUCCAGGCCAGUUUCCAUAUGCUCAGGAAAUAGAAAACAAGCCAGUAAUUUCUGAAUCAGAUUCCCGAGUGAGCAACAAUGCCACCCUUCAUUUCCAGGAAAUGUUUCAGAAUGGACCUGAAGAGUCAUCUACAAGUGGUGGAUCUCAGCAGACUCUAACAUUCCUGUGGGAGUAGCUCUCGUUAAUUGCUGUUGCUUGCACUGUGCUGACUGCGUCAAUAAACUGUUGCUGUACUAGACACUAAUUCUUUUUCACCUCCCUCUUAAGAAUGUUUGCUGUUGCUAGAUUUAUCUGUGUGACCUAUUCUUGAUACCUGUUGAGGAAAUGAAAAUUUCACCAAUCACCUACAUUCUUA